AUGGAUAGACUCGAUUUGGUCACUAAUACUACUGUUGAUACUACUAAUCCUUCCCAUGCGGCGGCUGAGAUAACUCAAGAUAAUUCAUACGACUACUUAAUUACCUGUUUUACCAUUGAAAGCACAAAUACUAGCACAUCGACUUCCAACCACAAACAUAUUCCAUUUUAUUAUCCGUUUACAUUUAUCUGGUCGGCGGAAUAUAGUUGUGAUUAUGAAAUAAAAUUACCCAUUUCCAUUCUUUAUAAGUACAAAUUACAUACAAUUGCUGUUUUACAGAAAUAUAAAGAAUUGACAUAUGGGAGGUAUGACUAUUUAAAACGUUAUAUGGAUUCUUACAUUAGAAACUUGAAAACAUCUUCUGAGCUAAUUAAAUCCUCUAAGCAAGUAAGUUCUAACAGUUCUAUUAACCACAAAGGCACUAACCAGGACCAAGAUGGUUUAUUUCGGAAAAUAAUUACGCACUCUGAUAACAAAUUUCAUAAUGAUAUCAAAGAUAUCUUAUUCAUAAGUAAUAGACCCAUUAAAUGGUUUACUAUUCUGGGAACAUGUAUAGGCUACAGAUACAUGAACGAUAAUGCUAUAUUAGUAAAUAUAGAUGAUGAUACAGCUACAAUAACAUGUAAGCUUAGUAUAGACUUGUAUAAAAUACAUGGCGGGAAUGAAAAUAUUGAUUUAAUUAUUGGGUUUAAAUUGAAAAUAAAGGGAUAUUUACAUUUCUACAAUUACGAUAAUACUGUUUUUCAAACUAAAAAAAAUUCUACGCAAAUGGAAAUGGUUGCUUGUGAUAUGGAAAUACUGUGGAGUAUAAGAGAAGAAUUUGAAUUCAAAAAAAAUUGUUAUACUUGUUUGACCUCACUUUUGGAAUCAGAUAUAUGGCGUUUACCAAACUCCACGCAUUAUAGUACUGCAUUGAUCAACAAAAGUGGCAUUAAUAAUGAAUAUAAAGAUGAGGAAAGAGCACAUGUUAGUGCUGACAAUUUACGUUUGGGGAAUAAGUUUGAAGACUAUUUAUUACAACAUGAAUUUGAAGUUGGUGUUCAGCUUCUAUCUGAUAACGAUUAUGGGGGCAAGGAUGGGAAUUUGCAUGAUAUUAUAGAUGACGAGUUUAAUACUACAUUGUUACAAAGUUUUUCUUUUGAUCAAGAUAUAAAUAAUAACUCUGAUAUUUUUAUAGACAAAGAGGUAAUAGUGAUCAGUGACGUUGAAGAGGGAGGAGUAGAAAAACAGAGAACCCACUGUGUCGAUGACGGUGGUCUUGUGUUGUUGAGACAUAAUAAGAAUUUUGAUAAUUCAAAAAAGUUAAUUUCUUCUUAUAAAAAAAAAAUACUCAACAAACUUAUAGAAAUCAGUUUUACAGAAGCAACCGUUUCUUUAAUUAAUUUACAGUACUGUGAACCUAAUCUAUCAAAGUUUUUAAACAAAAUAGUACGCUGGGAUUUUUUUGCUCAAAAAGGGGAUGUUGGUGAUAAUGAUGAAGAUAUAGACAAUAUGCACGAUUCGAUCAAAGUAGCAGAUAGGAAGGCUACUUUAGCCAUUUUGAUUUAUAAAGAAUUAUGUGAUGAAAACCCUAUCAUAUUAAUGAAGGGUAAUAGGGCGAUUGAGGCAUAUGAGGUAACUUUAUUGAACUUAUGCAAACUUUUGAAAUAUUUAGAAGAAAAGUGUUUGAAUAGCAUUGUUUUGGGGUGUAGUUUUGUUUCAUUCAAGCUAUCAAAUGAGUUUUAUUUAGAGAUUUUGAAGUUAGAAAAGUUAGAAGUAGAAGAUCAAGACAAUCUUUAUUGUUCCACCAGAUUGUUUAUUGCAUGUUUGAAAUAUGUAAUGAAUAAGUGUUCUACGAGUUCGUCUGCGUUGCUAAGAAAGUGGAAGAUAUUAAAAAAAUCUAGAAAAGGAAAAAGUGACUUGUCGGACUUGUCGGACUUGUCGGACUUGUCGGACUUGUCGGACUUGUCGGACUUGUCGGACUUGUGCACAGUUGAGUUACAUUGUGAAUAUUGA